GCAGAUAUCAUAGCGCAUGCGCUAUGGUUUCUGUAUUCUGCCCAUGGCUUCUGGAUUUUCAAUCUACAUAAAAAUACAUAAUGCAUAGCCACGGGAAUAGGCACAUACAUUCUCCUUGUAGUCGGUCCUUCUAGAAAAGUGAUCGAGAAGAAAGAACGGAUUUAUAUUGAUUAACACGUGAACUGAGCAAAAUUGAUAUCAGUGCCGAAGUAUCCAAAUUGCUUUCUACUCUGAAGGCUCAGAGCUCUGCGACUAACAAGACGCAAGCAAACUCGAAUCAAGACGCGAUGAAAGCCAAAUUGGCGCAAGAUCCGAAGACGGAUAGCGAGACGUCGUCGAGUCCGAGGUGAUCACCAGAAAUUAAUCGAUCUUCAUGGCAUACGAUCACACGGAUUACUGUCACAAUAAUAAUAUAAACAUGUCCGAAAAUGAAGAAAAUGAAAACCUGAAUUCUGAAGUGACGUUGGUGGACGACGAAGAUAAAAAUUUUGAUGAUUUGUUAAUAAGUAUUGUGAAAGAAUAUCCACAUCUAUAUGACAGCAGUUGUAAAGAUUAUCGCGAUGUGAUAAAAAAAGAGAACUCUUGGUUAGAGAUAUCUAAAAUUUUGGCCACGUCUCCGGAUGUUUGCUGCAAUCGGUGGACUCGUCUGAGAGAAUCUUACUCUAAAGAAAAGAAAAAAAGACAAAAUGAAACGGCAAGUGGAAGUGGAGCCUCUAAAAGACGAGGAUUUAUAUACUUCGAGUCUAUGAAAUAUAUUGACAAAUUUGUCAAAAGUAGAAAAUCGAUAACCAACAUCAAGUUACAAAAAACGUAUAAUAUUUCUGAUUGUUUAAAAGACAAGAAUCUAAAUAAAGAAAUUUCAAAUUGGGUGCAGCAUGGCAAACAGACUCUGGAAAAAGAAAGAACUCCUUUGGAACAAAUUGAUGCAAACAUAUUUUCACCAAUAAAAAAAUGCCCAAUACCGGAAACAUCACCCACUAUUAGUAAUUUAGAUGAUGCGUCACGCGCAUCUUUUCCUUCGACGACAGAAAGUAGUGCAAACGAUUUCGAACAUGAAUUAUUGUCAACUCGGUCAUCAUCCGACACGACUAACUUUUCACGCCUUUCUCCAACGAGCGUAAGAUCUACCGACACUUUCAAAAAGCCGUCAUAUGCGAAGGGCAAAUUUAAUCCUAAUAUAUCAAUUAAAAAAGACGGAAAAAAUACAGAAUCUGAAAACGAUAAGUUCGAAGCGUCUUUUAUUAAUUUCAAUCAAGCUAUUACAGAGCAUUUGAUUUCUAAGGAUGCAAACACUUUAUUUGGCAAUUUGGUUGUGGCGGAAUUACAAAAAUGGGAUGAUGAUAUACAACAAGUCAAGAAACAAGAAAUCAUGAAAAUUUUGUGGAGAAAGGAAAACCUAUGAGCGAGAUGAUUUUUGUGAUAAAAUAAAUAAUUUGCAUUUAUUCGUAGAUACAUAUAAUAUUAAUAAUAAGAUAUAAUAUUAAUGU